GUGUUCCUGCCCACAGACAGCCAUGCAGCUAACAUCCACACUGGAGCUUUACCCUGAGUUUACGGUCACACAACUUCUUUUCAAAGAUGUCAAGAACGCUGCGGAGCUGAGAAAAAAUGCCAUGGAGGGACACAUACAGGGUGCCUUGAUAAACCCCUCAAUGAUUGUAGAUCCUUUUCAAAUCUUGGUCGCAUCAAAUAAAGCAGUUCAUUUACAGAAGAUUGGGAAGAUGAAAACCAGGAGUUUGUUCUCAGAAAUAAUCUUCAACCUCUCCCCCACCAACAAUAUUUCAGAAGCAUUCAAGAGGUUUGGGAUCUCGGAUGGCGAUGGUGCAGUGUGUGUAGUCCUGGUCCAUCCCAAAGAGGAGCCUGUUGAUGUGGGCAGUAUUGUGAAUAGAAUCAGAGGCCAGCAGAUACCAGCUGACAUGAUAUCCUCCCUGACCGAUGCUGCCCAUGUAAAAAAGCUCUACAAGAUAUCUCCUCAGGAAGAGAAGAAUGGCAGUCUCCUGGAUGCAGUUAUUUGCAGAAUGUCCGUUAAAGAUGUUUUAUAGCACCAUAAUGGAGUUGAGCGUUAGCUCCUUCUAAACGAAACAUCACAACUGAUCCUGCAAACACCUUUGCGGCCUAUCACCACAUUUGUUUGACUUGGCUAUGAAGCCUAAUUGAUUCAGAGAUAUAUUUUUAUAUUGAUUAAAAGGUUAAACAGAAUAUCUUUGUCCAUACACAACUUUUAUUUUGACGUUGCAAUGCCAUGAGGGAUGCUUUGAGUUUUGGGAAAAGUCUUUCCUGUGUAGUUAAUAAAUCUAUUUCUGAGUUGACUGGUCAUGAAAUGCUGCAGCUGCAGUUUCCCUACAACACUUGGCCUCAGAGCCUAUACUGACAUACACUACAUUGCCAAAAGUAUUUGCUCAACUGCCUUGACUAACAAAUACAGUAAGCUUCAGUCACAUUCAAUUCAAUUCAAACAAAAAAAGUUUUUUUUCAAUCACUAACAAGCGUUUGUCCAUUCAUUUGACACGUUUUCAAAACUCUAAACACAGACUCACACCUACAAAACACAAUUGGCCAAAUGGAUCAUUUUCCUCUCAAAAACACAUUCCAUGUUUUCCACAUUUUGUUACAUAAACACUAACUCGUCAUUUCUCUGCACACACUAACUUUACCAGAACACUGGAAAUCUGACUCAAAAUUAAAUCAUUCUAUUAAAGAAUAAAACUUGUCUUCACUUCACAAGAUAUAUGCAGUCAGUCAGAGUACACUAGGUUUCAAAAUACUGGCUAUUGUUGACAUUACAAAAACUGCAUAGACUUUUAUGUUUCAGUUUUACAGGUAUUUGCAUGCAAAACAUGCAAUCCACCGUUUUUACACUAAAUUCUUGGUUGGGAACUGUAUCCACAUGUAAUGUUCACAUUCAAAAGCAUUCCAAUAAAAAGUAAAUCAAAAUGUUACUUUACCGUUUAUACAGGAGGUACAGUAGAAAUACUGUUUACAGUAUGAUAGAACAGAAAAAGUUGUACAGUAUUGC